UAUGGUGUCCCUCGAAUUGAGUGUAUUGACCUUAAACGUGUGGGGUAUACCUUUUGUCUCCGCCGAUCGUGCUGAACGUAUGCAACAUAUUGGCAAAGAAUUGAGCAGCGGCAAAUAUGAUAUUGUAUCACUGCAGGAGGUAUGGACAGAAAAGGAUAGCAUGCUCUUACAGGAAUUAACAAAAGCAAUAUUGCCUUAUGCUCAUUAUUUUUAUAGUGGUGUUAUUGGUGCUGGUCUAUUGGUCUUAUCAAAAUAUCCCAUAGUUAGUACACUUUUCCAUUCAUGGACCGUGAAUGGUUAUUGCCAUCGCAUCCAACAUGCCGAUUGGUUUGGCGGCAAGGGUGUUGGCAUGUGCAGAAUACGUGUCGGCGAUCGUUAUGUACAUUUGUAUAAUGCUCAUUUACACGCCGAAUACAAUAUAAAUAAUGAUGAUUACAAGACACAUCGUGUUAUACAGGCAUUUGAUACAGCUCAAUUUAUUGAGGCAACACGUUGGGAUUCGGCUGUACAAAUAUUAGCCGGUGAUUUGAAUACAAAACCAAAAGACAUUUCAUACAAAGUUCUCUUGCAUACAUCCGACAUGAAAGAUACCUGUAAUUCCGAAACGGUAACAACAAAUGAAUGCAAACACAAUUCGUAUACACCGAAAAAAGUGCUGGCCAAAAAUCCCAAUGGCUAUCGCAUCGAUCAUAUCUUUGUACGCAGUUCGGAUUCUGUGAAAACGGAAAUAUUGGAAUAUUUAUUACCUUUACCACAUCGUGUGCCUGGACAAAAAUAUAGCUACUCUGAUCAUGAGGCUGUGCAAGUACGUCUUCUAUUGAGACCGAAAGUAAACAACGAUAACGACGAGGAGACAUGUUCGGUUAGACAUGUCGAAGCGUCUGUAGAAUCUGAAAAUGGUAGUAUGCACGAUGUACAAUUGACACCACCGCAUACACCGACACUUAAUGGAAAAUCUCACUCCAACGGUCAUAUUGAGGAGGAAUGUGUCGCUGAUAAAACACCCAUUAAGAUCUCGGUUAUAAAAGAAUCCAUUGAGCUGUGUGAAGAACAUUUGAACAAAUUGAAAACCGAUAGGGUUGUGUAUUUUACAAUAUCAUUUAUUCUGUUGGCUGCUCUAAUCCUCAUGGCAGAAUUUCCCGUACCGCAUGGCUAUAAAACACUUUAUUUGUUGCUCAAACUUUUGGUAUUCGGUGUGAUUAUGUUCUGUGUUUUUAUGGGCUCCCUUUGGAAUCUUAUGGAACGCAAUGGUACUCUGUCGGGAAAGACAUCAAUGGAAAUGAAAUUGGCCGGUUCAAAAUUAUUGCCAUUGAAAACCGAUUGACAAGGUAUUACAGCAGUGAACAUUAUGUUAAAAUGUGAAAACCCAGUGCCAUCACCAAUAGCUGUGAUGUCAUUACCCCUAUCGACUCUCUCAAUGCCAGUAGAAUUUGAUUUAAAUUCAUGCCACAUUAAGGCAAAUAUUAUGGAAACCAGUCAAACGUAUCCCAAUCUGCAUAAUCAUUCCCUGAAAC